GCGAAGAAACCUGUCGUGAUCCCAAGAAUAGAUAUCGCUAGACCCUUCCAAACACAGUUUCCUUUCAUGAGAGCAUAUAGCCCCAACCUAUAUCGUCAUGAUAUAAGCAUCGAGGCCUUUGUUGCCUUCAUCGACAAUCUCGCCGUGGCAGAAGCCCCGCCGGCUCCAUUGCAAGCUUUAAACGUUGCAGGCCAAGCAAUAGGAUACGUUCCUCAUCACUGGGCGCAGGCCGCUAGUUUUGGUAUAGGUAUGGCUGCGGGCGUAGGCACUGCUGCAGUGACUCGAAUACGGACGCAACGAUUCUUGGAGGCCGUUAACCGCGACUAUUUUGGACCUCGCGGACUGAAAGUGUCCAUUUGCAAAGGCCAUGAAUUGGCUCCGAGGAUUGGAGUCGGCCAAAUCUUACCCGAAAUACCAGACCGGCAAAUGCAGUCCAUCUCUGCAAACAUAGCACCGUUAUCUUUUAACGUCCCUCCUCCUUCUGAGCAGCGCAACAUCAUCGACAGGUUGAGCGCCAAACAAGUCGAGUCUCAAAUGAAGAAGUCCGAGAAAAAGAACCGGAAAAAGCUACUGGAACUUCGAGAAAAGGAUGCAAAAAUGUCCCGAAGGUCACCAGCCCCUAUGGGAUACGCUGGUAGCGACAGUUCGGAUUCGAGUUGGGAGGAUGAGCAGCAAGAGCUGGACGAUAAGAUCCGGAAGAUUCAUCGCAAGGCCGAUGAAAAAUUGGUCGACGCAAGUCCCAGACAGGCUUCCAAGAUAGAGGAGAAACGAGAAAAAGAGAUACGAAAAAUUGAACGAGAACAGAGGAAGCUGGAUAAAGAGGUUGAGAAGAAGAUGUCCAAAGCCUUGAGAAAGCAAGACAAGAAGCUAUCUGAGGACGGUCGAAAGGCCGGAAGAAUGGAGUUUAUAGUCGUA